GUUGUGUAUAUAUACCAGGAGAGGAAGCCUUCAUCAGGUAGAUGUAUUGAGUGUGCUGUCUGCUUCAAGUCGUCUCUCGUGUUUACAGGGUCAAGAUGCGUUUGUUGUUUAUGUCGUGUGCCGUGGCGCUGGUGUUGGUAUCUGUCGGAGCCAAACCACAAGAGAGUUCAGCAAAUUUACAAAAACCAUCCUUGCAUCAGCAGCUCAGAGCACCGCUUACAGAGUUGCCGCUCCUUACACUGGUCACCAACAUGCAGAAGCAAAGUGAUGUGAUAUUUUAUACCGACUGUAUUACCGGGAAGACCCCCUGUACCGCUAUCGGCAAGGCUCUUCAAACUCUUGUACUCGACCAACGUAACAGUGGUCGACUUUGUGGUGGUUGUACUCAGUGUGAAAUCGACCGAGUUAAGUACGUGAUGGAUGUACUCAAGCGUGAUUACAAGCCACAAGCCUGUCAGAUCCAGACUCAUCUCCAAUGGAAUGGACUCUUUGGUACUCCUGACGUCUGUAGCUAAGCUAACCUAAUCUCAGCUAACCUAGCCUUCCUUUGAUGUCUCUCCUCUCCUGUAUGGAUCUCCAGUCAAUGUCCUCCAAGGCGUUAGCAACAGGACUACUACCUCAAGCUCUACCUCAAGUUGCUAAGCGUCUAGUUCAGUUUAAGUGGUCCUUGGAGGUCCUACUUGAUGGCAGCCGGGUGUCUUAAUUCUUGAAGGAUGGACGUACGGAGCAGGCGUUGGGAGCCACUAAUGUCGACCUUUGAGCCAACACCACUCAAGUCACUCCAUCUAAGGAACUCAAAAAUAACUCUUACUGUCCCAUUACUUUGUUCACGAAAUAAAGUACCAGUUAUAA